GUGCGUGCGUGCGUGCGUGCGUGCUAGAAAGGGAGGGGAGAGCAGGCAUGUGAAGGUCAGAUCAGACGAGAUGACAGACCUUUUCAUGUCUGCCUACUUCAGAUUAGUGAAGUGUCACCUCCAGUCACUCUGGCCCUGAGUCUCUGGACAGUACAUGCUACCUGUUUUAUCUAGGCUUUGGACUGUUCGAAGAGAAUCCCUAAACUCAACCAUGAGUGUUUCCCACGAAACCUGCCUCCUGGACCAGGUGCUGGAGCUGAUUAUGAAUGAGAAGCCCCCCAACACUGCCAGCCUUUUCCUGAACGAGGACGCCGACAAGCCCCCCCUCCCCAAUCGAGGCCUCUGGCGGCGGCUACGUAGAGCCAUGCAGAAGAGAGCGGCUAGCACCCAGGACAGGAUGAGCACCAUCACUAAGGAGAGCAUCAAGGGCUUCCUGAGACGCAACCUCUUUGUCCUCCUCACCAUCGCAGCUGUGGCUCUGGGUGUCAUGCUGGGUUUCGCCCUGCGGCCCCACAACCUGACCCUCAGGGAGAUCAAGUACUUUGCCUUCCCUGGAGAGCUGCUAAUGAGGAUGCUGCAAAUGCUGGUUCUGCCUCUCAUCGUCUCCAGCCUGGUCACAGGUAUUUCCUCUCUGGACAGCAAAGCGUCUGGGAAGAUGGGAAUGCGGGCUGUGGGUUAUUACAUGGUGACCACCCUCAUCGCGGUCUUCAUUGGCAUCGUCAUUGUGAUUGUCAUCAAACCAGGGAAAGGCCAUAGGGACAGCCCAGUGGCCUCUAGCGGUACCAUAGAGCCGGUACAAGCAGCUGACGCAUUCCUGGAUCUCAUCAGGAACAUGUUCCCUCCUAAUUUGGUGGAAGCCUGUUUCAAGCAGUACAAAACGGUCUACAAGAAGACCAUCCACACGAAGAACGUGACUGUUGCCUUCAGUCUGACUGACUCCCUCAACGCUACAGAGGCUGCCUUGGCUGUUAACAUGAGCAGAGUGCUGCAGACCAUCCAGGAGACAGUGGUGGAGAUGAUCCCCGUGUCUGGUUCCUCUAACGGGGUGAACGCCCUGGGUCUGGUGGUGUUCUCAAUGUUCUUCGGCCUGGUCAUUGGCAGCAUGAAGCAGCAGGGACAGGCCCUCAGGGACUUCUUUGACUGCCUCAACGAAGCUAUCAUGCGCCUGGUGGCCAUCGUCAUCUGGUAUGCUCCAGUGGGCAUCCUGUUCCUCAUAGCAGCUAAGAUCGUGGAGAUGAAGAAUCUGGCCGAGGUGGGAGGUCAGCUGGGGAUGUACACUGUGUCUGUCAUCGUGGGUCUGCUCAUCCACGGCUUGUUUGUCCUGCCCCUGCUCUACUUCCUGGUCACCAGGAAGAACCCCUACACUUUCAUGGCUGGCCUUCUGCAGGCCCUCAUCACAGCACUGGGAACAUCCUCUAGCUCUGCCACCCUGCCCAUCACCUUCCGCUGUCUGGAGGAGAACAACCGUGUGGACAAGAGAGUGACACGCUUCAUCCUUCCCGUGGGUGCCACCAUCAACAUGGAUGGCACUGCCCUCUACGAAGCCGUGGCAGCCAUCUUCAUCGCCCAAGUCAACGACAUGGAACUCAACUUUGGCCAGAUCCUCACCAUCAGUAUCACAGCAACAGCUGCCAGCAUCGGCGCAGCAGGCAUCCCACAGGCUGGUCUGGUUACCAUGGUAAUCGUAUUGACAUCGGUGGGACUACCCACAGAGGACAUAACGCUGAUCAUCGCUGUGGAUUGGUUCCUGGAUCGCUUAAGGACUACCACCAACGUGCUGGGGGACUCUAUCGGGGCAGGCAUCGUGGAGCACCUGUCUCGCCAGGAGUUGCAGAGCCAGGAUGUUGAGGUGGGCAACUCAGUGAUUGAAGAGGAUGAGAAGCCCUACCAGCUCAUCUGCCAGAAAAACGACUCAGUGAAGCAUCGCAACAGUGAGACCCCCAUGUAGGGGUUACGACAGUCUGAAAGCAUCCACUAGCCGCUAACGUACUUCUUCAGUGUUUGUAGAUAUGGAGGAACUGGAUAGGUGUAAGCAAUAUGGGGAAAGCUAUUGGAUGCCUCGGUGGAGCCAUCACCAUAUUGCUAACACUUAUCUGGGUAACUUCAGAUCUGCAAACACUGUAGGGAUAGUGGCUGGAGAUGGUUUUGACACUGUUAACCAUAUCAACUCAUAUCAACUGUUUUGGUCCUUUCAGUUCAAAUCUGAGAUGCAUCUCAAUUGUCUAGAGCAGUGUUUCCCAAACUUUUUAUAGUCCCGUGCCCCUUCAAACAUUCAACCUCCAGCUGUACCCCCUCUAGCACCAGGGUCAGUGCACUCUCAGAUGUUUUUUUGCCAUCAUUGUAAGCCUGCCACACACACACUAUAUGAUACAUUUAUUAAACAUGAAAAUGAGUGUGAGUUUUUGUCACAACCCUGCUAGUGGGAAGUGACAAAGAGGUCCUAUAGGACCAGGGCACAAAUAAUAAUAUAUUAAUAAUCAAUAAUUUUGCUCUUUAUUUAGCCAUCUUACAUAUGAACUUUAUUUGUUCAUCUAAAAUUGUGAAUUACUCACCACAGGUUAAUGAGAAGGGUGUAUUUGAAAGGAUGCACAUAACUCUGCAAUGUUGGGUUGUAUUGGAGAGAGUCUCAGUCUUAAAUCAUUUCCCACACACAUUCUGUGCCUGUAUUUAGUUUUCAUGCUAGUGAGGGCCGAGAAUCCACUCUCACAUAGGUAUGUGGUUGCAAAGGGCAUCAGUGUCUUAACAGCGCGAUGUGCGGAUACUCUGAUCAUUCAGGUGAGAAAAAACAUCACCCUGAUAGGCCAGUCGUGUGAGAAACUCGUCAUCAUGCAAGUGGUCAGACGUGAAGAUUAUGGUCAGUAAAGAACUUUAAGCACGUCUCUCAAUUUAAAGAAAUGUGUCAAUACUUUUCCCCUGGAUAACCAGCGCACUUCUGUAUGUUGUAAAAGCAUUACAUGAUCGCUGCCCGUAUCGUUGCAUAGUGCAGAAAAUACACAAGAGUUCAGGGGCCUUGCUUUAACAAAGUUAACAAUUUUCACUGUAGUGUCCAAAACGUCUUUCAAGCUGUCAGGCAUUCCCUUGGCAGCAAGAGCCUCUCGGUGGAUGCUGCAGUUUACCCAAGUGGCGUCGGGAGCAACUGCUUGCACCUGCGUUACCACUCCACUGUGUCUCCCUGUCAUGGCUUUUGCGCCAUUAGUACAGAUACCAACACAUCUUGACCACCAAAGUCCAUUUGAUGUCACAAAGCUGUCCAGUACCUUAAAAAUAUCCUCUCCUGUUGUGCUGGUUUCCAGAAGAGGAUGUCUUCCUUAAUUGACCCCCCGUAAACGUAACGGACAUAUACCAGGAGCUGUGCCAGCUGUAACACAUAGAAUUCACUGGCUUGUAAGCGAAGCAGUUAUUGUUUCAAAACAUCUCCUGCCAUGGUGCGUCGUGAAACAGUGUUUGAAGAAUUCAUUGUCUGUAUAGUUUUUUUGGCCUUUUCCCACAGCAUUGUUCCAGCCAUAUCCGCGGCAGCAGGAAGAAUUAAGUCCUCCACAAUAGUAUGGGGCUUGCCUGUCCUAGCCACUCGGUAGCUCACCAUAUAAGAUCCUUCUAGCCCCUUCUUAUUAAUGGUAUCUGUUGCUUUUUGCACAUAUAACACACCGUGGCUGAGGAAAGGCACUACUCCCAAUAUAAGUGAACCCCAUUUAGUUCUCAUCAUAUUUGCUCCUCUUCGAUGGUCCAUUAUCCGUCUGUUAUUUGGGGCAGAAGCUCUUCGGCUGCAACAGAUUCACAAAUGUAGAAUUACUGAUGCUAGCAUUGGAUGUGCUUGUGGAAGCAGAACAACGUGUGUCGUUGACAGGUGCAGGUGUAGUACUGCUGGUGUGUCUCUAUGGACGAGGGCCUUACAAGUGGAAUGAGCAGCAGCUACGUUUGGCUACAUACGGACCGUUAGUGGAAUUCCCGCGAGAGAGUAACGGUUAAUGUGAUUGGAUGUUAAUUAUUUGAGUAGGCUACUUGUAUUUGACAUUGUGUUGUUAUUUUGCUGAACACUAGAUGUUUUCAUUUUAUUUUUGGCAGUGAAACGAGGCUACUCAGGCGAGAAAUAAACCUUACCCAAAUGUAUAGCCCUGUUGGAAAAUAUAAAUGGACCAUUUGAAAAUGUGAAUAUUUUCUUUUUAUUUGUUAAAAAUGUAUCACAUUUUUAUUUGGCAUACCCCCGACGGAAUCCCCAGUUUGGGAAUACCUGGUCUAGAGGAAACUGAUGUGAAAUAACUGGACAGGUGAAAUCAAAUUUCUCAUUGAUAUCUAGCUACUAUAUUGUUUUCACUUAUUUUGUGUUCAUAACAGUAGAGACCACUUUUGACUGUUGUUAUGUACUCUGUAUAGGGUUGAUUUUCAUGAGCAAGAAAAUAAAUGCCAUUCAAUGGCCUUUUUAGAAUUUGUCAAUAAAUGGGAUAUCCAUUUGUAUACUCACAAUCAAUUAGCUGGUUCUGUUGCAUGGCUUGAUUUUUAGUUUAUUGUUCUAUAUUUUGCCACUUUAAGUUGGUGGUUAUUCUUUUAAUGUGAAUCUACCUCUAACAUUCAAGUGUACAUUAUGCUUUCUCUUGAGUCAUUUUAUUUUCUGCCCCAAACAUUACCAAGAGGUCAUUUUUAUUCCGUAUUAUCCAUACUACCAACUUUGAUAAGCAUUUUUUCUACGGUUUCAAAAACAAGUAUUGAAUUUAUGAUGUAAUGUACUGUAGUUUACUUGAUCUGUCAAUUGAAUCAACGUGAAUGUAUACAGUAAAUAUUUGUACCGAUAUCUGUUUUAUACUUGGGUGAUUUCUAUGUUACUUAUUGAGCUAAAUUGGGGUUAGACUUUGUUUUUCAAAACAAUAUUUGUAACAAAGAUGUAUUUUCAGUGUGUUACUUAACUGAACAUAUUUUGGUACUAGUCACUUAAGUCUGAAGUAUGUGAAAGUAUUGCUGUAUGCUUGCUUUGAAUAGGAAUGUUGAUAUCAUUGGGGCUGUUGUAUGUUUCUGUGUGUAGUAAAGAUGGACAAAAGAAUGUUACAUAGCCUACUGAAUUACUUGAUAUGUUUCUCCCCCAAUGUUGCUUUGGUUUAUAUUUUAGGGCUUGAAUCCCUCCCUCUUUGUUUGAGUGUUGUGAGUCUUUUCAGACAAUGUGAGGGUUGAAUAUCCAUUUGUACAAUAUAAGGGAGAUCUUCAUGUAUUUCUUGAAUCAUAACUAACACGUUCACCAGAUAUUCCCUUUCCUUGAUGCUGUAAUCUUACCUGGCCAUUUCAGUUCAACAUCUGGUGCUUUAUCGAUGAAAGCACUGUAGUCAGAUGUGGUUCAUUUGAUUAUGGCUUUCCUCUUUGAUUUGACUGUUGAAAAAAGUGGAAAAAUGUUAUGCCUAAAAUAUAAUUUGAAAGCAAUUAAGUUGAAUGUUAAGUGCGAAAGGUUUUAAAAGUAAGUAGGCCUACUGUGUAUGUAGUUACGUAAAAACUAAACCUGCCCGUGGUUGAGAGCAUAUUGUUGUAAUGUGUGACUCUUGUUUAAUGUAUUAAAUAGUUGAUUUAU